AUGGCACACAAGAACAAAUCAGCGGAUAGGGAGUUGCACCGCUCAAGGGGUUUCGUGGACCGGCUUGUUGAAGCAGUUAAAGUAUCACAUAAGGAAGACGGACAGGCCGACAGUCGUCAUUGUCCGUGCAGCAGCAUGUUCUCUUUAAGUGUUUAUGUUGAGGCGCUUUUGUUGAUGCUAAAAACUGGCGUGUUGACUAAGGAGUGGACAGCGCAUAAGACCCAAACUGGCUGUCCACAUGGUUUGCAUGGCGAAAAGGGACUUCCACUUAUGUUCUCGGUGGCUUUGUCUAACAAGAAAAGCACUUUUUCUUUAAUUAUUUCGAGCGACCACGCAACCACAAAUGUCAACUACUAUAAGAUUUUGAGUUUGGAGCACUGUCGUAAUGCCGUUCAUUAG